CCACCCAAUUUCAGAGUUGUACCAAAAACUAAAACCCUAAAAAGCGUCUUUUCCUUGGAAUAUCUCCGGAUCUUCGACUUGAUGGAUCCUCAACCUGAACCGGUUAGCUACAUCUGCGGAGACUGUGGGAUGGAGAACACUCUGAAGCCAGGUGAUGUGAUACAGUGCCGAGAGUGUGGUUACCGCAUCUUGUACAAGAAGCGCACCCGCCGUAUUGUUCAAUAUGAGGCUCGCUGAAUUGGGGGAGGCAAGGACAUGCCAUUGCAUAUAUAUAUAUAUAUGUAGUUACUGUCUUCCUGCAACUUGCUAAUCUGGUGGAUGGUUUACUUUUCAAGAAACAGAUUGAUUUUUGCUUUAGCACUAUGCAAUCGAUAAAAAAACACCUUUGCUGUCUAUGCAAGUGAUCACAUUAAAGUAGAACACUGCAAAUCAAUCUGAUUGCUCUGCAUGUUUGAUUUCCUA